ACCACAAGAUGUUAAAUUUAUUGGCAUAAAAUGCAUGUAGCAACCUAAACAUAACUUGAGUGGAGAUGGGUAAAACUGGAUUUGAACAAUUUGCGGAUUUCCUUCAGCGACUUUGGAAGUUGAGGAUUUCAUUUCUAAUACAAGGUUAUCGAAACAUAUACUGGCCAAUAAAAGUAGAACAAUGACUAAGAGGCGUUUACAGCGAGUUGGGAAAUCCCGGCCCACAUACCAACAAUGUACGCAGCCAGUAUCAAGGCGUUUGCAAGCACGGGUUAGCGCUGGCAUGAACCUUGGAUGUUGCAGCGAAAAAAAGUAUGAUUCACUCCAGAAAAUUCCUACUUGGAUUAAUUAAUGUACUCUCAAAUGGACCUCCUUCCAAAUUCCAAGCCUUACUGAUUGACUUGUUGGAGAAAGGCCUUUUAACCAAAGAUGGCUACAGACAUUACAACCAAUGUGAACCUGAGGAUUUGUCACGGACUAUCCUGGUGUCGGUUCUCGGCAAAGAUGAAAGCUACUAUCAAGCAUUUCUCUCCAUUCUCUGUGUCCAUUUUCCAUGGAUUAGUGCGGGGUUACAACAGGUUUACAAUGGCAGGGAUCAAAUGUGGGCGAACGGGCAAUCUGACAUCAUGAGAAACCAAAGCUACACCAUCGACCAACCACCAGUGAAAAACCACAGCUAUUUGACUUUGCUACAAGAUGGCCAGAUGCCAUUGCCUGGCACCUGCAUUCAGAAUGGAGAAGCAGUUGCUGGAGCAGGUUUUGAUGAUAACCAUUCUGAACUUUUAGAAGAUUUAUGUGAGAUAAAUUUAAAUUGUGAAUACGAAAACAGAAUUGACGGCAUCUUAAAAUAUUUACAGGAUCCACGGCCAUCUAACACAAUAGCACUGGAGCAGUAUUUUGGUGACGAAAUCUCGGUUAGACACACUCCAUUAAGCAACACCACUUACCACAACUCGUGUUCAACAGAUGAUGAAACUACCUGCCAGAAUUUCCUUGCGCCAUCCUGCACCAAAACAAAAAGCAGGAAGAGAGCUUUUGAAGGUGAUGACAGAGCACAGCGAGGUGUGUCCCAGGAUCAAGCUGCAAGGCCCAAACACUUGAGAGGAGAUGAGGAGAAUCUAUCCGCUUCCCCAGAACAUUGUCCAAAGAUGCAGGAUGUCCAUCCCCCAGUCACGUACUCUUCAGAUAUCAACCAUCUGAAGGAACUCAUGAAUCAUGUGUCACAGUUUGGAUCAAACACACAUGUGAUCCCAGUGAAUAAAGAGGACUCGGUCAGUAACGGAACAGUUGUCACUCCUGCAGGCUUUCCCAUUUCCACACUUCCUGAGAACGCCAUUGUCAUCAAUGGAGCCACAUACUAUUUAGUUAAAAAUGAUGGUUCAUCGAAUCUUGACUUUGAAAAUGUGCUACCAACAUCAUCUGUGCAUUCUUCACCUGAUUCCGUGCAUGGCAGUUCUCCGAAUGUUUUAGAGACACCAAGGAACUCUUUGCCUGUUAUCUCCAACGAUGGCUCACCUAUCAGUUCUUUGGGCAGUCCACCAGGUGCCACCAGUCCUCAAUACAUCGACCUUCAUUGGUUGCAAGAGUCCCCAAUGAAUCCUCAAUCUGUGGACACUCCAAUGACUCCAGCCUCUGUCGGCAGCAUGGGACCAGAUCUUGAAACAGAAUCAUCUGGUGAAGAAUCAGCUGAACCUUUGCUACCAACAAUCAAGGAACCUGCAAAAACAAAAGACGUUGAAACUUGCAUAGAAACAGUGAAAGAAUAUUUGAAGGACAUGACCCAACACUCUUACAUUUGCCAUGAGCAUGAUGAAAUGCUUCUUGAAGACAUUUAUGUGGAGGCCUCGAUGGUGGAAGGUGAAGCUGAAACUAAGUCUGAAAGAAACGCCACAAAGUGUUUGGACAAAGAAUGCAGGAUCUAUGACAUAGAGGAACGAGAGAGAAGAGCAGUCAACAUGGACAAUCUCUUUCACAUCUCAGGGAAACAAAAGAACAAAACCAAAAUAAUUGCACUGUUGGGACGAGCGGGGAUUGGUAAAAGUGUAAUUGUCCAAAGGAUCUGCCAUGACUGGGUGAACGGCAGUUUUGGGCAGUUUGCAUUUGUUUUCUGGUUUAAGUGCAGGACACUCAACUUUACUAAGCAGUACACAUUGAAGGAUUUACUCUUCCAACCCUUUCUUCCUUCGCUGAAGAACACGGACGACGUCUUUCAGUACCUGUGCCAAAGCCCACACAAGGUUUUGCUCAUUUUUGACGACUUUGAAGAUUUCCAAGAUCACGACGGCCUCCUUCAACCAACAGCCUGCAGCUCGGCAGAGAAAGAGUGCAGCGUCAAGAUGUUGAUCGCAGGCCUUCUCCAGAGGAAGCUGCUGGAGGGAUGCACGGUGCUCUUCACAGCGAGACCCAAAGAGACCUUUAACCAGUACCUGGGCAGAGUGGACAAGAUAGUUGAAGCACAGGGUUUCAGCCCCGCUCACGUGCGGGAGUUCCUGCACAGGUACUUUGAAUACUUGCCUGUGGUUGAAGAAGUGGCCACGUGUCUUCAGGCACAACCAUACAUGCUCAGUCUUUGUCGGAUGCCUUUAUUGUGCAGAUUUAUCUGUUUUGUGCUGAAAGGCCAGUGCCGACAAGGAGAUGCUCUGUUAACGCUGCCGCCUACUCUCACUGAUUUAUUUCUGAACAUUCUUCAGAUCCUUCUAUGCUCUGAAGUUCCAGGGACACCAGAGGUCACGGCCUCGUGUAAGCACAGCCUCCUGGAGCUCAGCAAGCGGGCCUUCAGCGGAGCCCAGCGCCAUGAAUGUGUGUGCACAGACUCCAGCAGGUCAGCGGAAAUGACAAACUUUGCUCUGCAGCAUGGGCUUCUGAGACCUUUCUUAAAGAGCGGUGAGGUGGAGGAGCAGGAAUGUGGCAAAACUUUCCCCCAUUCAUCCCUGCAGAACUUCCUGGGAGCAUUGUAUUUAUUGUUUUCGGAUGAGAUCAAAUGUAAAGGCCUGUCAAAACUUAUUUUGCUGCAGAACAAGAAAAGAAAGUCACAGGCAGAUUGGUUGGACAUUGUCCGCAGGUUUCUAGUUGGACUGGCAACUCGGGUAGGGGACGCCUUUCUGACCGAUCUCUCUGGUUACUCAAAGGCAAAUGUUAAAGGCAAGAAGCUCAAGUGCCUGUGGAAGUACUUGUCUGAGCUCGAAGUCGGCUCGCUCGGUGCCAGCAAAUUGCUGGAGCUCUGUCACUGUGUGUACGAAGCACGGAGUGUGGAACUCACUGCACAAGUAGCUGCAAAACUCAGCGAGAAGGUGUCCUUCAGAGGUGCAAGACUGACUCCACCGGACAUUUUUGUGAUGCUGUACGUGAUGCAGAGGGCCCCGGGUAACUUUGCUGUUGACCUGAGGGAUACGAGCAUUGACCUGCAGGGGAUCAAGCAGUUCAUUGAGUUGAAGAACGUGACCUCCUUUAGAGUGUCAACUUGUGAUGCAGUAAAGCUUUGGGAGCACUUGGAACAAAUGGAACUACACGAUCUGCUUCAUCUGUCCCUUGUCAAGUUUUCUGUCAAUCCUUUUGAAGUCAAGAGUUUGAAAGACAUUAACGACCUUGAUUUGCUGGUGCAGAUUCACAAAGAAAGUCGAUUCCUUUCAAGCGCCCGGAACACAUCAGGGAAUGAACUCCAAGGAUUGCCUGCUGUGAGGAAUCUACAGGAGCUAGUAUUUGCCCUUGGCCCCGUGAAUGGACCGCAGGGGUUUCGGAAACUCACAAAGAUUCUACCAUCACUGAUAUUUCUGAAAUAUUUAGAUCUUGAAGGACCAAGUUCACAGAAAGUUGAAAUGAGUGAAAAUAAAUUAGGGGAUGAAGGAGCGGAGAGAUUGGCAGAGGUGCUGUCAAACUUAACCUCACUAGAAAAAUUGAUAUUAUCACGCAACCAGAUAGCUGACCGAGGUGCACAGGUGCUGGCAAAAUCUCUUCCAGACCUGAAAUUCUUAAAGACUCUCAGUUUAUAUGACAAUGUCAUUGGUGACAAAGGCGCAGAAAAGUUAGCAGAAAUACUCCCAGUAAUGAAAUCAUUGAAAGUUCUGGAUGUCAAAUUCAACAAAAUUACUGAUGUUGGAGCUCAGAGACUGACACAGAGUUUAAAACAUUGCCCCCAUAUUGAGAAAAUAUGGAUAUGGAGUCCUACAAUCACACACUGGAUGUCAGAACACAUUCAACAGAUCGAUGUCAGAAUUAAUUUACAAUAGGCAAACCUUUCUCAAUAUUACAGAAGAAUCACAAAUUGGCAGUGAGAGUUUGCGGAGAAAACAUUAACACUUCACACUUCUUCAUGCUCUAAAAUGCCUUUGUUAUCAUUAUAAUGAAACAUCAUCUAGUCCAUUUGCUUUUGUCACUAUGAAACAGCAAGAACAUGAAUGAAGAUUACUCCUUGUACUUAAAAUGAGAAAAUCAGGAGAAACUUCUUUGGACAAAGAGUAUUUUGAAUGCAGAACUUAUUACAACGUGUGAAUGAUUUAAUUCAAUGGCAUUAAUGCACUUAGCAAGGAGAUGGAUGAUUGCAUGAGAAUGAUAACGGAACUGCCGAUCAGGUGGGUUUAAUUCAGAUGGGCAGAGGCGUGUAUGGAGUAUAAACACCAGUAUAACCAGCUAGGAGAAAUGUUCUGUUUCUAUGCUGUACAUAUAGUUUGACAACUAUUCACUUUUUCCUUGGGUAAUUUCCUUUGUGUCAGGCUGGACUUUAUGGAGAGGAGCACAGUAGGAUUGAAGCAGUGAUUCAAAUGUCUUACUGCUCUUUUGAUCCUAUCAUUAGCAAGAAUAACACAAGGAAUUGUGUUGAUAUUAUUCUUUGCAGGCAGCUAAACCUGCCAUAAGUGGGGAAAAAAUGAACAUUAAUUAAGCUUUGCACAAAAUGAAAAAUUGCACUUUGUUCCUUUGUUGCUGCUUAACCGGAUGUAUUAAAAGAACAUUAAUGUACAAUUUAGUGUUAAAGUAUGAACAAAGUUGGCACUGAGCUGCUUAGCCUCAUAUACAAUACUACUGCUGGGAGAAAUGUAUGUCAAGUUUAAAAAUCAUAGCAGAAUUGUGAAUAUGUUCUCAAUUUAGUUAACGUAUGUCAACAUAGGAAAUAACUGAGCUAUUUCUUCCUCUGUUGCUUAUUAUUUCCAGCCACGAGGUGACUUCUUAUGUUAUUGUUAUACCAAAUCAAAGAUUGAAAAGUUAGCCUGAUAGUGAAAGUCCGUCGCCAAUUUAGGGUAGCAACCGCUAUUACAUAACCAACCCAUAGUAGAAACUUGGAAAUGGUACUUUGCCAUUGAUCUGAUGAAGGAGAUGCCUAAGCAGCUUUUUGGAUCAGAAUGUACAAGGCAGGAUCAGUAAGUUUGCAGAUGACACUAAAGUGGGUGGUGUUGUAGAUAGCAAAGUUGGUUAUCAAAGGUCACUGCAGGAUCUUGAUCAGUUGAGCAAGUGGGCAGAAGAAUGGGUAAUGGAAAUUAAAGCAGAUGAAUGCAAGGUGUCGCAUUUUGGGAAGUUUGACCAGGUCAGAUCCAUCGCAGUGAAUGGCAGUGCUCUGGGGAGUGUUGUAGAGCAGAGGGAUCUAGGAGUGCAGGUACAUAGUUCCUUGAAAGAGGUGUCACAGGUAGAUAAGGUGUUCAAGAAGGCUUUUGAUGCACUGUAGGGGUAAUGAUUAUAUGUGUUGGGAUGUUAUGUUACAGCUACACAAGGCACUGGUGUGGCCACAGUUGGAGUAUUGUGUUCAGUUUUGGUCACCCUAUAGUGCAGAGAUGUACAAAGAUGUUGUCGGGCCUUGAGUGCCUGAGCUAUAGGGGGAGAUUGGCCAGACUGUGUUCCUUGGAGCGUUAAAGGAUGAGAGGCGAUCUUAUCAAGGUGUACAAUAUCUUGAGGGUAAUAGAUAGGGUAGAUGCACAGAGCCCUUUCCCCAGAGUAGGGGAAUCAAGAACCAGAGGAUAUAGGUUUAAGGUGAGAGGGUAUGGAUUUAAUAGGAAUCUGAGGGGCAACCUUUCCACACAGAGGGUGGUGAGCAUAUGGAAUGAGGUGCUAGAGGAGGUAGUUGAGGCAGAAAAUAUAACAACAUUUAAAUGACAUUUGGGCUGGUACAUGGAUAGGAAAGGUUUGAGGGAUAUGGGCCAAAUGCAGCAGGUGGGACUAGAGCAUAUGGGGCACCUUGGUUGGCAUGGACAAGCUGAAACUGUUUCUAUGCUGUAUGACUAUUAAUAUUCUGCACUAUUUUGAUGGCAGUAUAGAAGAGAAUACUGCAGUAACAUAAUUAAGACACAUUCUACAUCAAUAUCUCAGCACCUCAUAAUUUUAAAGGUAGCAGCUCUUUCGCGUAGAAUUGUUCCUAUAAAGUAUGAAAUCACACAACAUAUUUUAAUGCAUUCACUAACUAUUGUAUAGAAUUGAGCUUUUUUUCAUUACAUGAAAUAAUGUAUAUGUAAAAUAUCAGAAUGAGUUUGUACAAUUUAUCAGAGUAAGGUAUAAAAAUGUAUUGUAAAUUAAUGUGUCAGGAGAAUAAACAAAG